AUGACUUCGCUCGGAGAUUACCGUGUGGCGGACAUUUCGCUAGCUGAUUUUGGUCGGAAGGAGAUUGAAAUUGCACAGAUUGAGAUGCCGGGUCUCAUGCAAAGCCGCUCAGAGUUCGGCCCACAAGAGUCACUAAAAGGCGCUCGUGUGGCUGGCUCAUUGCACAUGACCAUUCAAACAGCUGUACUUAUUGAGACCCUCAAGGCCUUGGGUGGUGAUAUUCGAUGGUGUUCGUGCAACAUCUUUUCAACGCAGGACCACGCUGCUGCUGCCAUUGCUCGUGACGGUUCCGCUGCAGUCUUUGCCUGGAAAGGUGAGACCCUUGAAGAGUACUGGGAAUGCACGUUAAACGCCAUCACGUGGCCUUCAGAUGAUGGCAAGGGUGACGGCCCAGACAUUAUCGUGGAUGACGGUGGUGACAUGACGCUUCUUAUUCACGAGGGCUUUAAGGCUGAAAAGCUAUUUGCUGAGAACGGAACGCUGCCCGAUGCUAGCACGACGGACAAUGCUGAGAUGAAGUGUGUGUUAAACAUUAUUGCUCGUACUCUCAAGAUAAACCCUAAAAAGUGGACACAGAUUGCCCAACGUUGCAAGGGUGUGUCCGAAGAGACUACCACGGGUGUUCACCGUCUUUAUCAAAUGGAGAAGAACGGCACGCUACUGUUCCCUGCAAUCAACGUGAAUGACUCAGUCACCAAGUCUAAAUUUGACAAUCUAUACGGCUGCCGUCACUCACUACCUGAUGGCAUCAUGCGUGCCACAGACGUCAUGUUGGCUGGCAAACGCAUCGUGAUUUGUGGCUUCGGUGAUGUCGGCAAGGGUAGCGCUCAGGCCAUGAAGGCCGCGGGCGCGGUCGUCUACGUAACUGAGGUAGACCCUAUUUGCGCCCUUCAGGCGUGCAUGGAAGGCUUUCAGGUGGUACGUCUUGAGACGGUUGUCUCCCAGGCGGACAUCUUUAUCACUACGACGGGUAACAAGGACAUUAUCAUGGCUAAGGACAUGCUUAAGAUGAAAAACAAUGCUAUCGUCGGCAAUAUUGGUCAUUUUGACAAUGAGAUUGACAUGGCUGGUGUGACUGAGAUCGCCAAGCGCCAAAACAUCAAGCCACAGGUGGACCGCUUUAUUUUUGAGGACGGCCAUGCUGUCAUAAUCUUGGCUGAAGGCCGUCUUCUUAAUUUGGGCUGCGCUACGGGUCACCCGUCCUUUGUCAUGUCCAAUUCAUUUACGAACCAGACUCUAGCUCAGAUCGAGCUAUGGAAGGAGCGUGACACUGGCAAGUACGUCACUGGCAAGGUGUACGUGCUACCCAAGGAACUGGAUGAGAAAGUUGCCCGUUUGCACCUGGACAAUUUAGGCGCUCAGCUUACCGUGUUGUCGGACGAUCAGGCCGAGUACAUUGGCGUGAAGCCCACGGGCCCGUUCAAGCCGGCGGCCUACCGCUACUAA